CAAGUUAUCUCAAAGUCUUUUCUAAAAGCCUCUCCAAUACUCUAUAAGCCCCUUUUUUCCUUUAUCAAGUCAUUCAUCAACUUAUAGCACCAUGGUUUUCCGGUUGCCUUCUAUGAUCUCAUCAUCCUCCAAACAAUUCUUAAAAUUGCACAGCAAAAAUCAGAAAGAAGUUCCAAAGGGCCAUGUCGCCGUUUACGUAGGAGAUUUUAACGAAGAAAAGAAACGGUAUGUAGUGCCCUUGACACGCUUAAACCAUCCGGCUUUUCUACACCUUCUAAGUCGAGCUGAAGAAGAGUUUGGCUUUAAUCAUCCCAUGGGCGGUCUCACUAUUCCUUGUGAUGAGGAAACAUUUAUUCAUGUAAUCAACCGUCAAUAGGUUUCAAUUCAUGGAAUUCACAUUUCUUCAAAUUUAGACAUCGAUACUCCAUUUUACCACCACAAAUUGAUUAGGGUUUUUUGGUCCCAAUAAUAUUUUCAAAAUUGUAUAUAUAUACAUAUAGUGUAUCUCACCUCAAUAAAGGGGUGAUUUUCAGUAGUUACAAUCAAUGAACAAUACAUUUUAUUUAUUCCUUCUUUCUCCCACCUUUCUCUCUCAUCUCCGAUCCCUUCCCCUUUUUGAGGAUGCUCUUUAUGCAAAUCUAAGCAAGGAUAACAAGCAAUCAGUAAAAGCUUUAGACAACAAUGAUUCAUUGCACCUACUAAAAACUUCCAUUGUCAGAACUAUGGCAAGAACUUUCAUGAACGUAAAAAUACGAAGUCAGCAAGAAAAAUUCUCUUUCAGGAUAUUUGUAUGAUUUUCUCUUGACACUUUAAACAAAAAAGGUAACUGAUAGUUGAAAAAGUGCCAAUAUGCCAACUUGUAACCUGCAUUUUACAGGUUCAAAUUUGCGGUAAUGAGUAUCCAAAUAGAGUCUCAACCUCUUGAUUGAGAUAUAUCCGUACUAAGUGAAACUGUACAUCAGUCGGAAAUCUGAAUAGAAAAUCUACAGAACCCCUGAUAAAAGUGAGGCUUGAUGGUUGGAUCCAUUCCCGCAGCUCAUUUUCCUUACUCCUGAAUCCUGACUGGAGGAAAUUAAAGGAAGUAUGCACCGAUUAGGGAAAUAUCACCUCACCGAAUUAAAGGCGAAAGACCCAACAACAAAUUUGUUCUGUAGUGAAGUAACCUUAAAACAUGAUCAUUUAAGCUAAAUAACUGAAAAUGCUUA